CUUUCGCUGGGGCAGCACGGUUUUAACUAGUUUACCAGCGGCAGAAGAGGAUAGGCGAUCCAUUUCGUCGUACCUGAAGAUCUCCAUAAACAAGAGCAAGAAAACAGAGGCCUCCCUCACCAUCUGCCUGCUGCCUACUACCUGUCUCCUCUGCUCUGAAACAAAUAAGCGCACCAAUCCCGGGGCGCCGUCUGCCUCUGCCUGCCGACCUCUCCAGACGGAUGGGCAUGGACUGCCUCCACCAGCGGCUCGGCCGCACGCGUGCUCUGCCGUUCGUGAGGAGGUUCAAGCCGAGCGAGAUCGAGGCGGCCACCAGCGGCUUCAGCACGGCCCUCGAGACCGGCGGGCCUCGCGGCACGGCGUACCGCGCCCGCUUCGCUGAUGGCCUCGUCGCCACGGUGCGCCGUGCGGGCGGCGGCGACCCGGACCAGGCAGGGCAGGAGGGCGCCUUCUACCGGGAGCUGCAGCUGCUCGGCCGCCUCAACCACCGACACGUUGUCAGGCUCCGCGGCUUCUCAGAAGGACACAACAGGUUUCUGGUGUUUGAUCAGAUGGAGAACAGGAGCCUGAAAGAAUGCCUCCACGAUCCUCUUAGGACGCCACUCAACUGGAGGACCCGGUUGCAGGUUGCCAUAGAUGUCGCAGCAGCCCUGGAGUAUCUCUACUACUUCUGCGACCCUCCGGUGUUCCACGUGACGGUGACCUCCAACAACGUGAUGAUGGAUGCUGAUUUCGUCGCCAAGUUUCAGCUAUCGGACGUCAGUGUCGUCGGUCACGACUCUUCCGAAGGAUCCCACGCCGAAGAGCGAAUUCAGCAGAGGCGGACGGAGCUGGUGUUCCAGUACGGCGUGUUGCUCCUGGAGCUCGUGACCGGACAGUCGCCCGGGGGCGGCGACGGCGAGCUCGUGCGGUGGGUGCAGGAGCCAGGGUUCGCCGGAUCCAUGCAGAGGAUGGUGGACGCGGAUCUCGGGGGCACCUACGACGCCGGCGAGCUCCGGGACCUCGUGAUAGUCGCGAGGCUCUGCACUAGGCCUGGCAGCGGCACCGCCGUUGUCUCGAUCCCACAGGUACUCCGCUACUUGCAGGGGAAGGUGGGUGACAAAAACAGAUGACAGUACGUAGCUCUUCUUGUUGUCCUUUGCUUGCGGGUGAAUGCAAUGCAAAUUGCAAUUUACUUCUUCCAUUCCAAAAUUCUUGUCUUAGAUAUACCCGUGUCUAGACGAAUCUAAGACAAGAAUUUUAGGACUGAGGGAGUAUGUAUUAUACGUCCUCGCAGAGAUAUUGUAUGACAUCCGUGGCGAAGAAGUCUCCACAUUUCCUUUUUUUGCGGGUGGAAGAAGUCUCCACACAUUAAAAAUCCCUGGACAGAAACUCCAAAACUCGGUUUUCUUUUGCAAGACUGUUAAUAAAGUUGGUCUGUUACCAUCAA